AUGCUCCUCGCAGACUUCGAUGGCGGCGGUACCUUCCGGAGCACCAGCAUCGACCCGUUCACCGCGACGAGAUCUCGGCACGAUUCUUCAGCCCCAGCCGCCAACAUUUCCUUCUCAAGCUUCAAGCAGUCCUUCACUUCCAAUGUCAACUACUUGAAACGAAGGUUCUCGUCGGGCGACCUCUCCUCCGAGUUCGAUGACGCGCCCGACGACGCCUCCACCACGUCCAGCACGCACGAGACGCAGUCGCAGAAGCACGCGCCGGCCUACCAGCCGCCGCCCGCCGCGCCGCCGGCCGGCCCCCAGCCGCCCCCCAGCGGCGGGGGCGGCGACCUGUCCCUGAACCUGCGAGGCAGCUCGCGCACUACCAGCGCGCCCUCCUCGCCCGCCAAGACCAGGGAGUCCCUGCUGCAGAGGGUGCAGUCCCUGACGGGAGCGGCGCGCGACCAGGGCGCCUCCAUCCUGGGCGCUGCGGUGUCGGGCGCAGGGGUGGCCAGCGGGAGACCCGCCUACAACAAGGACCGCUGCUUCACGCUGCUCGUCAUAGACGACCAGAACACUGACUGGUCCAAGUACUUCCGCGGCAAGAGGCUGCACGGCGACUACGACAUCCGCGUGGAGCAGGCGGAGUUCCGGGAGCUGUCCCUGACGGCGGGCGGCGAGGCGGGGGUCGUGGUCAGCAUGGCCGUGUUCCGCAACGGCACCAAGGUGGUGCGCUCCUUCCGACCCGACUUCCUGCUGGUGCGCCAGAACCUGCGCGACGCCGGCGAGGACCACAAGCCGCUGCUGCUGGGCUUCACGUACGGCGGCGUGCCGAGCGUCAACUCGCUGCACGCCAUCUACAACUUCCAGGACAAGCCGUGGGUGUUCGCACAUCUGCUGCAGCUGCAGCGGCGACUCGGCAAGGACAGCUUCCCGCUCAUCGAGCAGACCUUCUACCCCAACUACAAGGAGAUGCUGAGCUCAGCGCGCUUCCCCGUGGUCUUCAAGCUGGGCCACGCGCAUGGCGGCCUGGGCAAGGUGAAGGUGGACACGCACAGCGACUUCCAGGACAUGGCAUCUGUGGUGGCUGUGGCGGGCACGUACUGCACUACUGAGCCGUAUGUCGACAGCAAGUACGACAUUCACGUGCAGAAGAUCGGGCCCAACUACAAGGCAUUCAUGCGCAAGUCCAUCUCGGGCAACUGGAAGACCAACACGGGCUCGGCCAUGCUGGAGCAGAUCCAGAUGACGGACCACUACCGCGCGUGGGUGGACGAGGUGGCCGAGCUGUUCGGCGGCCUCGACAUCUGCGCGCUGGAGAUCAUCGUGGGCAAGGACGGGCGCGAGUUCAUCAUCGAGGUGAACGACAGCGCGCUCACGCUCAUGGGCGACUCUCAGGAGGAAGACCGGCGCUUCAUCGCCGAGCUGGUCGCCUCCAAGAUGCAGGCGCACUGCCGGCCGCCCAUGAUCAAGACCAUGUCGCGUACCUCCAUGUCGAGCCAGAGCGGUGUGGCGGGCAGCAUUGCUUCGCCCAUCGAGGAGCGGCCCGGCUCUGCGCUGUCUUCCACGGGCAGCACGGAGUCGCCCCUGCCCUUCAGCGGCGCCCCUCAGCCGCGCCGGGACUCGCAAGCCUCGCAGUCGAGCGCCACGGGCGCCGCCCCCGCACAGCCGCCCCCGCCGCCGCAGCGGUCCGUGUUCAGCCGCCAGGGGUCCGCGGCCGGCGGCAACGGCGAGGACUCGGAGGACACCAUGAAGAACCUGCGCAAGACCUUCGCCGGCAUCUUCGGCGACAUGUAG